GAAAACUUCCCAUAUGGCUGCAAGAAGAAACAAGAGAUACUAGCUUGUGAUACAGGUUUACCGCCAUGGCGAGCGACAAAACUUUACGGGUUGAUAACAAAGUUCACGAAUUGAAAUUGGGAGCAAGUUUUCACCCUAAGUCUAGAGAAGCAUUUCAUUCGAUACGGUAUGAUUUUAAGCCAGCUUCAGUAGAUACCUCAAAGGAUUCCUUGUUAGAAGUUGGAGAAGGGCACCAAGUCUCUAUAACUGUACCACAUGUAGAGGGUUCAGGGACGACACACACAGUGUACAAUGGUAACAAGCGGGAAUGUCCGAAGGAAUGUGUCCUCAUCAUCGACCACAGUACGGGCACAUUUACCCUGGAGCGACUUACAAAUAAUAUUCAACUCAAGAAAACAAGGAUUGAAGGAAGUAGUAAAGCCUCUCUGGCAGGACGACCUUUGACCCCUGUCGACGUCCAUAACAACAAACAGAAAACGUCACCCAUGAAACCAAAGGUGGCAGCACCUGUUCAGAUCAGCCCUCCAAUGAAUACCGAAUCACCAUCCAUCACACCUACGCAAACAGAGGAGGUCAAAGACAUGCUUAUCGGGGAGAUUAGCGACAGCAGUUAUGACAGUGAUUCCGAAAGCUCCAGUGACGAGUCCAGCAAAGGUAUAGGCAAGAAAGCCGCCCCAGUACCUCCCCCGAAUCUGAUGCCAUCAACUGGUGGCAUGAAGUCCUACGGCUCAUUACUCAAAACAGAUCUCCAGUUAAGUGACUCAAGUAGCGACAGUGAUUGAGAAUAAACAUUUCCCGAGCCAGUCAACAUUGACUCUAUGUGUGCUACACAACCGCAUUGGAGAAAAUUUAAGUUAUUCAACUUGUGUAUUGUGAUGCCUAAAUGUGUUCUUUGCUUACUCGUACCAUGUUACAAGUCAAUCAGCUGUGAUCUGGUAGGAAAGUAUUGUGUGUACUUGUAGGUUCAUGAGUUCUGUGCAGUAUUACUGUAAUGUUAUACAAACCUAUUGUAUUUGUACUUGAAAGGAUAUGUGCAGGUGAAAAUCGUGAUAAUUUUACCUGUGAAUGUGUGUAAAGGUAGAAAUCAUGAUAAUUUUACCUGUGAAUGUGUGUACAGGUGGAAAUUGUGAUAUUUUUUCUUGUGAAUGUGUGUACAGGUGGAAAUCGUGAUAAUGUUACCUGUGAAUGUGUGUACAAAUGGAAAUUGAUACAUUUACCUGUGAAUGUGUGAACAGGUAAAGAUUGUGUUAUUUUCACCUGUAAUGAUUUGCACAGGUGAAAAAUGUGAUAUUUUUACCAACUUGAAAGGAGUGUACAGGUCUGUACAUGUGAAAACUAGGAUAUAUUUACCUGGGAGUUUUACAGGUGAAGAAAGUGUUUUUUAGCUGAAUUGUGAUUUUUACCUGUGAAAGUGUGAAUAGAUGAAUAUUGUUUACAUGUUUAAUAUGUAAAUUGAAAUCAAUUAUAUCAAUGUUGUGCCUUGAAAUGUGUACAGGAUGAGAAAUGGCUUUAUAUGCAUGUUUUGUAUAAAUGUAUCCAAUUGGUUUGGAUUCGUGAGUCAAGCCUGAGUGUGUUAGGAUUCGUGAGUCAAGUCUGAGUGUGUUAGGACUUCUGAGCCAAAUCUGAAUGUGUUUGGAUUCGUGAGCCAAGUCUGGGUUCUUUGGAUUUGUGAGCCAAGCUUGAGUGUGUUGGGACUUCUGAUUAAGCCUGAGUGUGUUUGAACUUAUGAGCCAAGCCUGAGUGUGGUCGGAUUUGUGAGCCAAGUCUGAGUGUGGUCGGAUUCGUGAGCCAAGUUCGAGUGUGUUUGGAUUUGUGAGCCAAGUCCAAGUGUGUUUGGAUUUGUGAGCCAAACCUUAGUGUGUUUGGAUUCGUGAGCCAAACCUUAGUGUGGUCGGAUUCGUGAGCCAAGUCCGAGUGUGUUUGGAUUUGUGAGCCAAACCUUAGUGUGUUUGGAUUUGUGAGCCAUGUCCGAGUGUAUUUGGAUUUGUGAGCCAAACCUUAGUGUGUUUGGAUUCGUGAGCCAAACCUUAGUGUGGUCGGAUUUGUGAGCCAUGUCCGAGUGUAUUUGGAUUUGUGAGCCAAACCUUAGUGUGUUUGGAUUUGUGAGCCAUGUCCGAGUGUAUUUGGAUUUGUGAGCCAAACCUUAGUGUGUUUGGAUUUGUGAGCCAUGUCCGAGUGUAUUUGGAUUUGUGAGCCAAACCUUAGUGUGUUUGGAUUUGUGAGCCAUGUCCGAGUGUAUUUGGAUUUGUGAGCCAAACCUUAGUGUGUUAAAGCACAUUCAAUCAAGUGUUUUUUUCCUGGUGUCUGUACAAGAUAACUUUGAUAAAGGAAAUUUAUUAAAUACUGUCAACCAUUAUAAUAUAUUUCUUAACAAACUUGUCACAUACAUUUUACACAGUAUCCUGAUUUUGAAGGAAUCUCCCAAAUUUUCACCCUAAAUAUUACCUUUGUUUUUGAAAAUUGAAAAUUUUUUACUUACAAAUCAUUUAAUCCAUUCCAUGUAGCAGAUAUUGCUUAGUAAUGAUUAAAGUAUGACACAAUCAGUAGACAAGUAAAAUCCAGGUGUCUCAUUAGAUUGCCAAUUGAAGUAUCAUUUUGCUUUUACUAAGGCCAAAAAUAAUUACUUUCUCAGGCCCUUCAUCUGCUUUGAAGUAACAAAAACCCCGUCCUCUCGAAACAUUUUCCCCGGUUGAAUAAAAAGAAAAUCUUCCUCAUUAUUGUUUGAGAGAGGAUUUUGUGGAAAAGACAUCAAACCUUUCUCCUGUGAUAUUUUAUUAUAUUUAACCAAAAGAAUUUGAGCAAAUGUUCAUUAAUGUGAAACAAAGAACCAUGAGUUUGUAUGAAAAUAGGUAAUAAUUGGUUAAUUAAAUGCCCUUACCAGUUUUUUCACCAAUUAAAUAUAAAAAAAAAAAAUCCCUACCUCAUAUCUUUUUAAAAAAAUUGGCUUGUGUGCACUAAAUAUAAAGGCAGUGACAAGCUACUGUCCUGUUUAAGGAGUUAGAAUGUUUUAAUGUUUAACAUUAAUUUUUUUCUAUUAUUUCUAGUAGUAAUAUAAUUGCAAAAAAAAAUUAUAAACACUGGUCAUUAUGGCAAGAAUCGUAGUGGAUAACCUCCCUUUACUUAAUCAGAAUGACCACUGAUAAGGGAAGCCACCUUUAGGUCGAUAUUUUGUGGAAAAGAAUACUGAAGUGAAUACAUUGUAUAUUUAUUUGGUAUGAUAAGUGAACGGGUAAACAAGAUAGAAAAGAUCUAAAGAAAUAUUUACUUUGUUAGAAAAGAUCUAAAGAAAAAUUAUCUUGGUUAGAGAUACAGCCUUUUUGUUUGUGUUUGGACACUCUGAAUUGUACUGAACAUUGCAAUGAAUAGGUAUGUACAAAACAGCUAUCCCUUGUAUUUGUAGUGUGAUAAAAUUAGUCUAUAGAAUGUCUACAUUCAUUCAGUACAGAAAAAAUCUUUUUGUAAGACUUUCAGUCUUGAUGCAAAUAACCCUUAAUUUGGCUAAUACUUAUUACACAAAUGUAGAUUUUAAAAUCCUAAAAUGAAGCUCUGAUAUAAGGAACUAUUUCCUCCGGUCACAGGGGAUUUACUGUGUAUAUGUAUGAUAUCCUUCACAGUACAGUACUGGUCGACUAUAAUGGAUGAUAUCGUAGGAAUGUUUCAAGUUUCUGGCUGGUUAGUUUUGUGUGAUAAAGUCAUGCAGAUUGCAUCUACACAGAAUCUCAAUUUGAUCCUAAAAUGAGCAAUUAAGUCAUAAUUCUGUCAUCAGUGUCAUUGCGACAUAUUGAACAUUAGCUGAGUAUAAAUAACAUUGGAGACACUAAUGGAUGUCCGUAUUAUGGAGACAAUUAUCACAAAAUUGUUUUUAUGAAGAUUUGCCCAGAUAUGAAACAGAGUUUAUUAUAACCAUGGUACUUGGUGAAUAGGGAUUUUGAUAGAUUAUGUGACUAACUCCCUGCUCCAGCUCUCGAGAUUCUAUGACUAACUCCCUUCUCUAGCUCUCCAGAUUCUAUGACUAACUCCCUUCUCCAGCUCUCGAGAUUCUAUGACUAACUCCCUUCUCUAGCUCUCCAGAUUCUAUGACUAACUCCCUUCUCUAGCUCUCCAGAUUCUAUGACUAACUCCCUUCUCUAGCUCUCCAGAUUCUAUGACUAACUCCCUUCUCUAGCUCUCCAGAUUCUAUGACUAAUUCCCUGCUCCAGCUUACAAAAUUACAAUGCCAUUUUCGUUUAUCACGGUUCAACAGUUUGGUUAUAAAAUAAUCAAGGACAGAUUUAUGAUUUUAUGGCUCCUUUAGAAGAUCUUUGAUAAACACUUUCAUGAUCUUUAUAACAUCUGCAGGUCCGUCAAGAUUAUUGCCUGAAAUGUCGCUUAAAAUAAUAAUGAUAAUAAAAAAUAAAAUAAUAAUGAUAAAAAAAAUUUACUAAGAAGCAGUUUGCCCGCAUGCACAAAAAUUCCUGUCUUCCUGUUAUAUGAAAUAAUUUGCUGACAAUCUAUUUUUCAUAACUUGUUGAUGCUUUUACAAAGUAUUACUGAAUAACUCUGUUUCAGGAGGUACUUCAUUAUCUAGAUACCUGUUGGCACUUCAUUUAUAGCAUUCUACAUAAAUAUCCGAGAACAUGUAAUACGAACAUAUAUAUACAUGUACUGUACAUGCCCAUGAAAAUGUAAAUACAUUGUAUGUGGUUGAUUUAGAUUGUUUUGAAUAAAAUGCUUUUCCUUUUAAUA